GGAGACGACGCUAUCAUUCAGUAGUAUUUUCUGAAAUAAUUAUAAUCAAUAGAAGUAAAACAAUCGACUUAUUUGAUUUCUCCGUAUUAUGGAAUUUAUUUAUUAACAAUGGUGAAUGUUAUGAAAGGAGUGCUCGUGGAAUGUGACCCGGCUAUGAAACAGUUCUUACUCCACCUCGACGAGACCCUGGCCCUCGGCAGAAAAUUUAUCCUCCAAGACCUGGACGAGACACAUCUGUUCAUAUCGGCAGACAUUGUAGAAACCUUACAAGCAAGAGUUGAUGAUCUGAUGGACCAAUUGAGUAUUCCUGUACAUGAUAAAGGCAUCUAAUUCUAAUUUGUAUCUCUACAAUUCAAAAUGGCGGCUAGAGAGUCGGGUAGAGUAAAA